AUGAGGCAAAGCCGCGUAAGCACUCCGCCGAAGGGGGCAACAGCUUCAAAAAGGAAACUCCAGCUCAAUUAUCGGAAAGAAGGAGAGAAGGAACGGCAGCCACAGCAGCAGGAGCAACGAUCUAGGACGGGGUCUGUACCCAGCGCAGAGAGUAGGGGGCACCCGAGCAGGCCCUACUACACCCCAGUCGCUGUUCCUGUAAACUACAGAAGCAGCAGGGUGAUCAUCAAGAACCUUCCGCCCUUCAUAACUGAGGCUGCCCUGCGAGAGCACAUCGCUGCCGCUGCGGCAGGAAGCAGCCGGCGUGGCAAACUCGACGCCAGCAGCGUCACGGACUGCGUUAUUAAACGAAACAAGGCAGGCAAAAGCAGAGGGAUUGCUUUUGUGGGCCUCGAAAGCGAAGCUGCCGCCGCUGCGCUGCUGGAGCGGCUCAAGGGGACUUACGUGUACACCAGGAAGAUAGAGCUGGAUUACGCAUUGCCGCGUUCAUUUGUUGCCGGCACCGCUGCUGGAGCGGGGGUAGCAGAAGAUACAGCAAUCAAAGUUGCAGCAGAAUCACCCGAAAAGAAUUCAACAGAUCCCUCAGCAGCAGGAGCUACGGGCGCUGUCUCGGGGGCCUGGAAGCAGAAAGUCGUUCCACGAAAGGCAGGUGUAAGGUCGGAGAGGCACCAUGUGCUAUUCGAUUAUGGCGAGGAUACGUCUACCAAAAGAGCAGAAGCCGCAGAAGAAGGCACAACUGCUGCGGCAGCAGCCGCGCUGUCUGAGCUCCUUCAGCAGGACGGCGACGAUGACUUAGCGUGGCUGCAUAAGCAGAAGCACCAAGGAGAGGAGGCUGCUUCCACACAAGGGGGGGCACUGAAUCAGGAGCAAGAUGCGCUGCGCGAGGAGGAGCGUCAGCUGAUCGAGGAGCAUGGGCGCAUCCUCAUUACGAAUCUGCCUUACUGCUGCAGCGAAGAGGAUCUGAGAUGCCUGUGCAGCACCGCAGCAGGAGAGACGGCGGGGGUGUAUAUAAUGAAAGACAGCGAAACUGGCAAGCCUCAAGGACGAGCGUUCGUCACAUUUGUCUUUCCUGCCGCAGCUGCUGCUGCUCUUGAGAAACUCAACGGGAUGGUAUACAGAGGCCGCAUCCUUGCUGCAGUUGCUGCAAAGCCAAAGGAGCAGCGCCAGCAGCAGCAGCGGGCGGAGAGGGAGAAGAGCAGCUAUAAGAAGAGGCAGCAGCUGCUCCGACAGCAACAGGUAGAGCAGCUGCAGCCACACAAGAGCUGGAAUUUGCUCUACAUGUUGCCUUCUGCCGCGGCAGACGCAGCAGGGGCAGAUCUGGGAGUCUCAAAGCGUGACUUGCUACUGCAAGGCCAAAGCCAUCAGCAGCAAAGUGCUGCAGCGGCAGCAACCCUUGCAGAGGCUCACGUACUACAGCAAACCAAGGAGUGGAUUGAAAGGGAAGGCCUCCUUCCCGCCGCGUUUAUCAGGAAGGGUACGGCACCGACGCAAGUGUUCAAGGAAGACGUGGAACGCGCACAGGACGCAGCAGCGGAGGCAGCUGUUGCUGUCGCUGCUGCGGAGGCGGUAGGUGCAGCUGGAGGGGGAGGAAUAGCGCCUUUUGCAUCAACGGAUGACAAAAGAACCUCACUUUCUCAGCAGACACUUCUCGACGGGCAAAAACGGCCAGAAGAACCUCCAGAACCAUCUGCUGCACCCGAGGAGGAGUUCGGGGAAGAGCAGCCAACGGCGGCAGUGAGGGGCUUUCUGUUUGUAAAGAACUUGAACUUCAAGACAACGGAGGGAGCUUUUAGAGAGGCUUUUGCGGCUACUCGCGGGUUCCUAGGAGCGCGUUUAAUGACGCGAAAGGGCCCCCAAAAGACUUUAGGGAGCUCUGCUGAGCUCCUGUCAAUGGGUUAUGGCUUCAUUGAAUACGAGUCAACCGAGGCUGCAGCCGUCGCAGCCAAACAGCAGCAAGGAAUAGUUGUAGACGGCCAUGUGCUUCAGGUGUCGUUGGCGAAGCCGCGCAGCACGAGCAGCAACAACAGCAGCUGCAGCAGUGGCAGCAGUGGCAGCAGCGCGAAGAAGAGUCCAGUCAAAAGCAACAAACUGAUCGUCAAGAAUUUGGGGUUCGAAGCUUCGAAAAAGGAUCUGCGCGCUCUCUUCUCUGCAUACGGGGAGGUAACGGCUGUGCGCAUUCCCAAGAAUCCUGACGGCAACAGCAGAGGCUUCGGCUUUGUCACUUUUGCAGCGGCAGCAGCUGCUGGUGCCGCCAUGGAAGCGCUCAGUAGCGCGCAUCUUUACGGCAGACGCCUCAUCCUCGAAUACGCAGAAUCCGGAAUCCAGACGACACUGCAAAGAGGGCCUCUCGUCCAGCCGACAGAGCAGAACAAGCAACAGGAUGAGCAACGGGAGGCGUCGCGUGACUCGGACGCAGAGGGACGGCGCAGCAGCACGACAAGCAGGAAAAGAAGUGCAGCUCAGCAGACGUUCUGCGCUGCGGCGGUUUGCCCCGCUGUGUCUGGUACUGCUGUAAUUUAUGGUUGUAUUCAGGGAUGGGGAUUAGUUGGCGGUAGGGAGCAGUUGCACGGCGACAGCCUAUUCGUAGGGGUUUUUGCCAGUCAGUGUAUUCCUACAUAUCUCGGGAGAAGAGGAACAGACUCACUAUUUGCCAAAUUUGAAACGAUGCAGCCCUUAAUAUUGCUGGCAGGCACAUCGGUUAAAGAACAUGAGGCCGAAUAG